GCUAGCAGCAGGAUGGAUAUAGCAAAUACCAAACAACAGGGGUGGACAGCGCCACGCUAGCGUUAGCUAAACUCUUCUAAAACAAAUUGAAUUUUGGUGUGCAAUGCAUAAAUACAAUAUAAAACGACAUAUUGGUUUAACUGACGUCUGUAUGCAUCCAUCUCUGAAAUAUAUAUGAAGAUUACAAAACACAUUUUCUUGACAGUGAAAAAUACUGGAGCUACAUUCUGGUGUACAACUAGCAGCAGGCGCCAAGUCUCAUUCGGCAACGUAGCUAGAGAACUGAGGAGCACUCAUCCUCCGUCGAUGACAACAUGGAGUAAACAUGGCCCACAAGAGCAUUUUUAUUGAAGCUCUAGAUAGAUCAGAGGCCAAGAGAGAUGGAGGUUACAGACAGAACUGGAGCUUCUCUCUCUCUGGUGACUGUGAGGAGCAGAGGAGGCAUGACCCUCCUGUGAGUAUGGAUGAAGCUGGCGGACCGCAGGAGCUCUCCCCUGAGGGGUUGAAGUCUCCCCCCCUGAAGCAUUUCACUUCCACUGACACGCAGAGGACUUACGAGAGGAGGCCAAACCAUCCCAAUCAUUAUAGGACUCUAAACAAAAUUGGAACCAAUAGGAUGCUCAGUGAAAGUCCACACUCGGUAGCAGCGUCUCAACAGAUGCCCAACAGAACCAAUUAUUUUAUUCUCAGCCCCUCGCCCUCGCAGGGUGUAGUCGUUCAGGGGAGACUGUUCCAGCACGCACACACUCCCUCUGCAGUACGUAAGCCCACCCAAAGCAGUCUUGACUUGAAAGAAAGAAGUGACUUCAACACCCAGUCAAUCCAAAGAGUAGACAUUGAGAGCAUUACACUCACCUGCCAAGACAUCUCAGAUACGGAUGACAUCAGCAUUAAGAGGCGUGUUCAGCAUAAGAGGAGGCCGGUGCAUGACCCCAUGGUCAGCUUCUCUCCAGCACACACAGUAGAGCCCGUCCUUCAGCCUCAUGAGUACUUCUCUGUGUGUGGGAAGUGUGGCAAACGCAGCGAGGACCACACCAAGUGCCAGAACUGUGGUAUUGCUCUUCCAGCCGAGUCGCUCCCCCCACACCACCAGCACUCGUCCCAGGCGAACCCCACCCUCUCCCCCCACGCCAGACCCCCCAUCCGCUCCACUCAGCCCUCCCCCGCCCUCUCGAGCAGCUCGAAUAGCGGCCUGACGCUCGGCAACAAGAACUUCUAUGGCGCGGCCGCCGGCGGCCUGCACUCGUCUCACGUGGACGUGGUCAUGAACCCGCCCGCCCGCAUUACCCGCGGUAACCUGCUGAUGCCGCACAGCGGCGGUCGGACGUGCAUGGGGCUGGCGGGGAGUACUGCGGCAGCUUCGACAUCGUACCAGGCCAAAAUCUCAAACUGCAAGAGGCAUUCGCUCUCCAAGGCCCAUGAACUCAACGACCCUAUUGUGCUGUCCAGUGACGAAGAGGAGGAGGCUGACAAUGCCAGCACGGGUAGCGUCAACCGAUUGGACAGUGUGUCUCCACGGCCUGCGGACUCUGCCCACUCCUCUCCGGCGCCCUCGGGGGGCAAGGUCGAGGCAGCGGUAAAGGGGCCGGCAGAGCAGCAAGACGAGCUCACAGCUGACUACUUCACUGAGAUCACAGAACCGCGCCUCGUGAUACCCAGGAAACCGCGCAUGAAAGAUGCGUAUGGAAACGCGGUGUGCGAAGACCACUGUACCCCAAAGAGGCGUAAAAUCACUGCUCCCAAGCUAGAGAGCAUCAUCCUGGAGUGUCGCAGUGUCAGAAUAGGGACCCUGCGACGGAUGGUCACCAAGCCUGUCAUUUUCUCAUCAGAAUACAUUCAGCUUGAAACUGAAAGUCGUGAGGUGGACAUUAUGGAGAAGGUGCGUCUGCGGGCGUCGGAGCUGACCAGCUGUGAGUGGUGCAACGUGCGGAAGCUGCCGGUGCUCUUCUUCCAGACCAGCGCGGCGGAGUGUCAGCGGCUACGCCAGCAGCUUCACAUGUCGCAGGAGAGCGGUGGCCUGUGGUACGACUGCAGCGGCAACAAUCUGGACGAAAAGUACAUAGUGCUCAUCUUCGAGAACGGACUCUCCAUGCAUGAGCAGAUGAUUCUAGAGGAGAUCUUGGUAGAGAUUGGGCGCACCAAUGCCCUCACCGAGUUCCCUUCCAAGCUGACCUUCGCGGAAGCCAACGUAAGACUGGUGCAGUACAACAAGGCCGCCAAGGAAAAGGAGAAAGUCAAGGUGCAGGAGAACACACAGAAAAGCACAGCAGCCACAGCCUCAGCAACAGCUACGUCCAGCCCAACCCCCACCACCCCCACCACCAGCCCAACCCCCACUAACACCUCCACCUCCAGCCCAGACGAUAUGGAGCUGCAGCCUACAUUCACUGGCCCUGUAGUAAAGCUCAUGGUGUACCCCCCUCCCCCGGCCAAGGGAGGAAUAUCCGUGACCAAUGAAGACCUCCACUGCCUCAACGAUGGAGAAUUCCUUAACGAUGUCAUCAUCGACUUUUAUUUAAAGUAUUUGUUCUUGGAACGGUUGAAAAAGGAGGAUGCAGGACGGAGCCAUGUGUUCAGCUCUUUCUUCUACAAGCGGCUAAACCAGCGCGAGAGGAGGAAUGUGUCGGACACGGCCAAUCUCCCGAUCCAGAAGAGAAAGCACAACCGGGUGAAGACCUGGACUCGCCACGUCGACCUCUUCCAGAAGGACUUCAUUUUCGUCCCCAUCAACGAGUCGGCUCACUGGUACCUGGCUGUGAUUUGUUUCCCUGGCCUAGAGGGCCCGAAGCUGGAGCCUAACCCCCUUUACCAGCCCCCUUCACAGGCUGUCAACAGGGUCAGCCCUGUGCUCGACCGGGAGCACCCUUCGUCGGUCCGGGAGGCGCCGACGUCCGCCCCCGCCGACCCCUCUCCGCCCCACAGCGGUGCCCCAGUGGCCUGCCCGCUCGGACCCGCCAACGCCGCCGGGCAGCAGCACAAGGCCGUGCCCGUGUGCCCACACCUGGCCCAGGAGACCGGCUGCGGCCACGGCAUUAACGGCCAGCUCAAGGUCCAGCCACAGUACUCAGACGGUUUGCACAGGAUCAGCGUGUGUUAUGGAUCAGGGAGUGGCCAUGAUGACGCCUUUGUCUUCCCUGAUGAGAGAAGCUCGAGUCCCGAUGAGUGUAGUGAAGACGGGGCACUGGCGGACGACACUCUAAAUUCUGAAGGCAUGGAGUGGACGUCCAAACCUACCAUCUGUAAACAGCCUUGUAUUCUCAUCAUGGACUCCUUACGGGGCCCAGCUAGAUCCACUGUAGUGAAAACUCUCAGAGAAUACCUUGAGGUGGAAUGGGAGGUGCGGAAGGGGACCCAGCGGAGUUUUGGCAAGGACGUGAUGAAGGGCUCGAGUCCGCGCGUGCCUCAGCAGGACAACUUCAGCGACUGCGGCGUGUACGUCCUGCAGUACGUCGAGAGCUUCUUUGAGACCCCUAUCCCAAGUUUCCACCUCCCCAUGAACCUGUUGGAGUGGUUUGCUCAGCAGCGGAUGAAGAGGAAGCGGGACGAGAUCAAGGAGCUGAUCCUGAAGCUGCAGUCGCAGCAGCAGGCCGAGGGCAUCACGCCAGGCCUCGGGGCCGACGAGGACGCCGACGAGGAGGACCCUGACGGACUGGACGUGCAGGAUAUCCCCGUCACGUCCUGAGGCUGCUGCGGCACCUUGGCCUUUUUCGCCGUCUCCGCCGAUGCUGCUCGUGUGCUCUUGAGUCUCACACAUUUGGUUCAGUCUGGGCCUCCCUUCUCUCUCUCUCUCUCUCUCUCUCUCUCUCUCUCUCGAGCCCU